AUGGCCGCUACGAGAAUGGCAUGGAAAAACUACAUUCAAGAUGUUCUCAAUUUCUCUCAGGAUGAGGCACAAGAGAUUGUUAUUGAACAGGGCUUCAGUUCCCCUGCUUUCUUUGCCCGCUCGACGCGCGACAAUAUUGAUUCCUUGGUGAAACAAAUCAAUCGCAUUGUGAUUGAUCCAGGAAAUGAUCCUGACACUACGUUUUCAAUCAACCAAGCCCAGAAAAUCAUGCUCUACAACCUUUGCGACUAUUGCCGAUUUAUUUAUAUGGUGGAUCGCCAACAUGAUCCAGCUUUUGGGACACAAGCGAAUUUGGCCAAAAUCAAUCGCUAUUAUUCCCACUUGAAGAACAAGUCGAACGAUUUUGAAGAUAUUUCAGAGGUUAUGCCUCCCAAAUUUGACAAUAAAAAUAUGGUCGAACUGAUGGAGAGCUUGGAACAGUGGUUGAAACGCAAUCGUGGAAAAGGUGGCACCUUGUUAACAUAUGUAGUCCGUGAGCAUCAAAAUCCGGACGACAAUCCGACAGCUGAUCCUGGUUUCCUUAUGCCAUCUGUGGAGGAUGAGGCAAUUCGCCAAAGCUUACAUCAAGAGGACCAGUUUGUCGCUAAUAAUAAAGCUGUAUGGAAUAUGUUAUAUUUGGUCUGCCAUGGAACUGAUGCUUGGCCUGUUAUCAAAGGAUACAAGACUACAGAAAAUGGAAGGCAACCGUAUCUUGAUCUGGUUGCCCACUAUCAGGGUGAGGGCCAACUCAAUAAGAGGCGCAACUCUGCCUACCGUGUCUUGAAUACAACCCACUACAAUGGAAAGAAAAAUUUUAGUUUUGAAAAAUUUGCGGCACGGGUUGUUGGUGCUUUUGAAGACUUGAAAAAUUACUUGAGCAUGAUCAAAGAAGGUCCGCAGGGCGCAGGCUUGGACGCCUGUAAGACACUUGAUUGCGGAAGUCAAGCGUGUAUGCAAAAUCUGUGCAACGCUAUCAACACUUUGCAGAAUGAAGAUAUCAGCGGCACAAGAGCCUUAGCUGCGGUUGAUGGUGGCGGACGAAACUCUAAUCGCGGACAUGGCCGUGGUCGUGAUCGUGAUAAUGGUGGUCGUAAUCGUAAUCGUAAUUGUAAUCAACAUGGACGUGGCAGAGGUCGCGGACGAGGUGGUAGUCAAGACCACGAUGGUACUGUAUGGUCCGAUGAUGGCACAACCAUCCUUAACAACAGUGGAUACUCCCAAGACACUUGGAGCUGUUUCUCUAAUCGUGAUUGCUGUGUUGUCCUUCAAGCCCGUGAACGUGCUAAAAGUCGUGUUAUGAGUGAACGUGACAUUGCGGAAUUGAACACUUUGCGUAAACAAAAUUGUGACCGAUAA